UUUUUUUACUUGUUGCAUUGAGAUAGAAUGUGAUAGCACUGUGAUAGGUCAUAAAAGUGGUGUCAUUCUUUAGAACAAUAAUGAUCAAUUUAUUAGAUUUAUUCAAUUUGAUGGAAAAAUAUUGGAAAUAUCUAUCAUAGUGAUAUAACUCACAAAAUUAUGAUAAAGUACAGUUCGCCAGCCUGUAUAGUUGUUAUCAAGCUGAUUAUAAUUUGUAGGUUAUGUUAUGUUUCAGUCUUUCAGAUUCAGAUUCCUUUUUGAUUUCUAUCUGUAUCUGUUGUCAGGAGUUGUAGAUUUAACUUUAUAUCUCAUUGCGGUCCUAUUUUAAAGAAUUAUUGUUGUAUUAGUAAUAUUAACCAAGUUCAUUAUAUUCUAAAAAAUGCCGUCUCGUCCAGGAUUCGAUUACUACAACGAUAUAGAUAACCAAACUACUACUCCACUACCUCAGCCUGGUAAAAAACCAUGUAGAACAUGUACUGAUUUCAAGUCAUGGGCAAAGCUGCAAGGUGAUAAAGAUUCUCAGAAACAAUCUGAAGGAAAUUCUAAUUUGAGUGGUGCCAGGAAAGUUCCAGAGGAUUGUCCAUUGGAUCGAGACCAAUUGGGUUCGAAAACAUGGGCAUUCCUCCAUACUAUGGCAGCCUACUAUCCAGACCAGCCAAGCAGUCAACAGCAAACGGAUAUGACAAAUUUUUUCACUCUCUUCUCAAGAUUUUACCCAUGUGAAGCUUGUGCUAGCCACUUGAGGAAACAGUUGAAAGCAAGUCCUCCGAUGGUGCAAAGCCAGACUGCACUUUCGCAGUGGCUGUGUUGGGUGCACAACAAUGUGAACAAGCGCAUCGGAAAGCCGCAGUUUGAUUGCAAACAAGUGAAUGCCAGGUGGCGUGAUGGCUGGCCUGACGGCUCAUGCGAUUGACAUUAUCAACUUCAGUCUAGUAUUCUUUUCAAAACAAAUUAAUACAUUUUGUAAAUAGAUUCAAUUGAAAAUCUCUAAACUCUUCCUUUUAUUUAGUUAGAUGUUCUAAAUUCAAAUUUCUUCUGUAAAAUUGUAAAAAAAACACUUAGUAAUUGAAAUGCCGUAUACUUUUAUAAACGCUUUUCAUUUGUAGUAAAACCACUUAAAACUGAAGUAACUACUUAGGUAAGGAGCUCCUCUAUAUAAAAAAUCUUACAAUACUCAUUUUAGUGUUUGACACUAAAUUGAAACAUUUACAAUGUAUAGUGUAUUAAGCAUCAAAUUAUAAAUACUCGAGACGUU